CUUCUUCAUUUUUUGGAUUGUCCACCCUCCCUCCCUCCCUCGCCGUUGCUUCAAAUUUUACAAAGAUUUCAACUUUCUUUGUAAAUACCUCUUUUGGGGUUUUGGGUAUUUGCUUAUAUCAUCCAAAUAUUAAAAUCUGUUGAAUUUUUAUCCAAAAACCAUAGUAAUGAAUGGCAGCAAGAAUCUCCAUUAAACACUUAAUCCCAUUCACAAUCCCUUCUCAUUUAUCAAAACGAUCGCUAUUCUCUUCAUAUUCAGCUUCUCAUCAAUCCAAAACUUUGGAAUUUCUGGAUUCUUGUCAAAGCUUAGCUCAGCUCUUUCAAAUCCAAGCUCAUUUGAUAAUCACCGGUCUUUUACAAGUACAGAAUCCUUCAUUUUCUUGCAGAUUUUUGAAUCUCUGUACUCAACGUUGUGAUGUUGAAUAUACUGCUUCGGUAUUUAAAUGCAUUGAUUUUCCUGAUACUUUUUCGGUUAAUACUGUUAUAAAAGCUUAUGCUUGUAGUUCUGUGCCACAUAGUGCUGUUGUGUUCUAUUUCGAAAGGCUUAAAAAUGGGUUCUUGCCUAAUAGUUUUACGUUCCCGCCCCUCAUGAGUUCUUGUGGUAAGGCGGGUAAUUUGGAUUUGGGUCAGAAGUGUCAUGGACAAUUAGUGAAAAAUGGUGUUGAUGGAGUUUUGCAUGUUCAAAAUUCUUUGGUGCAUUGUUAUAGUUGUUAUGGGUUUAUUGGUCUUGCUAGACAGGUGUUUGAUGAAAUGCCGCAGAGGGAUGCUGUGUCUUGGAACAGCAUUGUGAAUGGAUAUGUGAAAGUGGGUGAAUUAGUGGUUGCUAGGCAGUUGUUUGAUGCAAUGCCGGUGAGGAAUUUAGUUGGGUGGAAUGUCAUGAUGAACGGGUAUUUGAAUUUGAAUAACCCUGGGAAGUGCCUAAAGUUGUUCCGAGAAAUGGCACUGAGGGGAUUGAAUGGGAAUGAUGCAACUGUAGUUAUUGUGCUUACUGCUUGUGCUCGGUCAGCUCGGAUGAAAGAAGGAAAAUCUGUUCACGGGUCUCUUAUUAAGGUAUCUAAAGAUUUGAAUUUGAUCACUAGUACGACUUUAAUCCAUAUGUAUAGUAGAUGCGGAAGAGCAGAAAUUGCUCGUUUAAUUUUUGAUCGGAUGUCGGUCAAGAAUAUAGUCUGCUGGAAUGCAAUGAUUUUGGGGUAUUGCAUUCAUGGGAACCCAAAAGAUGGGCUUAGUCUGUAUGCAGACUUGCUGAGUAGUAGAUUACAAGGUACAGAAAAAGAUCAUGUUAAGAACAUGAAGCAAGGUGAUGGGGAUCGUGUGCUUCCAGAUGAAAUCACAUUUGUGGGUGUCUUAUGCGCUUGUGCCCGUGAAGGACUGUUAGCAGAAGCAAGAACAUACUUUGGCGACAUGAGUGAUUUGUUUGGUAUAAAGCCCAAUUUUGCACAUUAUUGGUGCAUGGCUAAUCUUCUGGCAGAUGUUGGCCUAAUGCCAGAGGCAAUAAAAACACUGAAGGACAUACCAGCGGAAAGCAAUUUACCACUGGAAUCCGCAUUGUGGUUUGAAUUACUUGGCUCAGCUCGCUUUGGAAGGGAUGUAAGUUUAGGAGAACAAAUUGCAAAUAAGUUGAUUGAGGAAGAUCCCAAGAAUUUUUGGCAUUAUCUGUUGCUUGUCAACAUAUAUGCUGCAGCUGGUCGUUGGGAUGAAGUAGCUCAGACAAAGAAGAGGAUGAAGAAGAGAGGAAUAGAAAGAACAGCGGGUUGCAGUUUAAAAGACUUGAAGGAAAUUGUUGACAAAAUGACAGAGACAUAAACUGCAGGUAUUGAAACCUUUUUUUUGUGGUACAUUUUCCAAGUCGCCAGUGUUUCUACGAACAGGCGCAUAUGUAAGUGGCCUCUUACAUUAUGUAAAAUUUCGUGCUAUUAGUUUGUUGUAGUUUUGAAUGGUAAAAGAUUGAAAAUUCGAGUGAUCUUUUACUCAAUUGAUUUGAGCAAUCUUCUUCUCUAUGUUCAAUAAAAAAGAAGAAAUUGAUUGAAUUAGUUACCCUUAUCAUAUUUAUAUUUUGUAAGUGAUUACUUGUCCAUCUGAACAUCAGUUUGAGUUGCUGUCCUCAAGUAAGAGGAAGAGCAAAUAUACUGUGUUUUGUGGUUAAUUAAAUUUAACUACUAACCCCUACUCUUUUGUCAAGUGUUGCAUCUGUGCUGAAAGUUCCAAUUUUGAGUUUGAGUAGACUUGGGGCAAGGACUUCCAUAUUACAGUCUGAUAUCAUCAAAGUAACCUUUCUCUUUUUAUUUUCAUUUUUUAAACUGGAGGUAAUCGAACAGAGCUAGGUAUAUGCAGGCUUUUAACCAUUUUAGCGUCAGGAAUUUGAGGAGCUAGCUUAUGUUGUGGUGAAUGCAACAUUGAAGAACCGCUGUCUGUACUUCUUUGAUACUUUGGGCGCUAACAAUGAAGGACUUUAGAAUGAGUAACAAGCAGCUUCGGCGCAAGCUGUUGAUGGAUUUAUGGCAUAACUCCUCGAAACUGUCCUUACAUCAGAAGGAGCUUUGUAAAAGCUAAAUAUCAUGGGAGGCUUUCCUCAUGAUUUCUUUACACACUUAAUAUCUAGUGCUGUGCCCUUGUCUGAGAAUGACUCAAAGUAGAGAUAUGUGGCGUUCAUGGUAUGCUUUACUGGUAUGGAGGCUGGAAAUGACCUCUGCACCCUCUCAAUGCAUGCAAUCCUUAUAAACCAGAAUUGGCGUGUUAGGGUAUGAUACUAAAUAAUCAUUAUACAUAUUAUUCUAGGUCCAGCUGAGAUGGUAGAUGAUGUAACUGGUAGAUUGAAGCUUUUAUAGUGGCAGUCGCCUUGCUCUCUUUUUGACAUUGAGAUGUUAUAAAGCUUUCAAGAUCCUGAGCUAGUGUUGGGCAAGAAAACACCAUAGCAGGUAUCUGGGCAUUUCGGCUGCUGCCCAGAUACCUGCCACGUUCUUGUUGCUGCUGCUGAUGAAACUUGCAGCUCCUCUUUAAGCUGCAUAACAUAUUAUUGCACUGAAUGUCCUUACUUAGUUUGACAACAAAACAGCAAAAGAUGGUUCAUUAAUUUCUUUUAAUAAGUCAGAAAUGGGCCAUUCAUUCGUA